AUGGGAGUUGAAAUGGAGUUUGGCUAUAUUGACACUAAAUGGAACCCAGCAGAUAUUGGAAUACGGGUAGCAUCUACUCAGGAACUAUCGUCUCAUGCGUGGAGGGAAGGAUAUCCACCGGAAAACAACACCAAUAACGGAUUCGUAUCUGGCAUUUCCAGCAUUCCGAAUGAGACCGACGAGGAAGAACAAGCAGGAAGUCGCGAUGACAGGCAACAGAGUGAAAUCCGAAAAAAUCAACGACCUAAGCCACAGCAUUGGAAUGAACGUUACAAUCUGCGUCCAAGAAGAACAGUGCGUUAUACUGAUGAGCAAUGUCAGAGCUUAAGCGAUGUUCAUUGCUUCGCCUCACAGCGCACCAGAACAUGGCCAUUAUCCCUCUACUUGAAAAUGGCCCUAACUCUCAUGAUCAUGUCAGUUGUUUGCGGAGGGCAUCCGAGCAUUCAGAACCAACCGAGCACACGAUCCUCCGCAGACUACGCAGUUGACUGCAGGGAAGUUGGAGUAUAUCUACAUGCCCCGCAGUCACAAGAGCACGAAUUGUGUGUCAACAACUACUGUGUACUAGAGAAGACACCUCCAAUUCAUAAACUCAUCCGUUUACCACCAGAAGAAAUAAUUCACGACUUCGAAGUACGCUGGAAAUUGAAAGCAGAAGACUCGUAUACGGUUGUAGAAACAACCUGUCCAGCACAGCCAUUUUGUUCUGCAAUCGAUUCUACAGUAUGUACGGCAUAUGUUCUAAAUCCAGAGUGCUGGCCACUUGCAGCGAUAACGGGAUUAGGUAGAGCAUUGCCGCUUGGCAGAAGGAAAGAGCAUUUGCGACGUAGAAAUGACAUCCUUAGUAAAGAUCAAUCCAUUCAAAAGGGAUGCAUGUCUAACGUUCAUGAAAAAUGGCUCUGCCCUCAUCAAGGCAAGACGUCGUUGAGGAGAAUUACGAUUACUGUGCAAUCAAGAAUCAAUACUCUUUACAAGGAUGUGGUUUCGAAGGUUGUCGAUAGCAAAAGAUGCUCAAUAAGGGGGUCGUGCAUCGGAAAUACGUGUGCAGACGUGAACGCAACGAGCUUGCUACCUGAGCUCAAGAUUGGCAACAAUUUCCCUGGCAUCACAUAUUGUCUGGAAUCUUGCGGAGGCCCAGGGUGUGGUUGUUUUCAUUGGGAUUCUGGCUGCCUCUUCUACAGGAUAUAUGCCGUGCCCAAAGACGACACUAUCUAUGAACUUUAUAAGUGCACCACGUGGGAUGAGGAGGUUGACUGCGAAUGCACACCUGCAGAAAAUCAGGUGAUGUGUAAAUGCGAAGAAGACGAAGUCGAAAAGACCUUCUUGAGUAUAGAAAACGCAUUACCGGUGAUCCGUGAUCAGGUACAAUUUUCAAAGCGUCCGCAUCAUGCCGUCGUUACGAAAAUGGAGCACGAUGUGUCUGCGGAAAUUACCCUGACCUUGAAAGAAGCUGCCACUGACUUGAUUACUGAAAUCAAGGGAGGCAUUUGCACGAUCGAAAAUGCCGAUAUCACCGGGUGCUAUCAGUGCAGCAAGGGAGCACGAGAUAAAAUAACUUGCACAUCCACUCUUAGUAACACAUCGGCCGAAGUCAAAUAUGGUAACGGAAGCUUCACUAUUCCUUGCUUUCCUACUGGCGUAGAAUCUCAUCUUCACUUUCUUUUUGACUCAGCACGAGUCUAUGUCCAGUGCUCAAGCAUGUCAUCGUCGAAGCAAGAGGAAGAGUUCACAAGAAAGCGCCAAGCCCAGGAACGCAAGCUGAUCGACGAAAUAAAGCACAAUCGUUCGUGCGUCAGACUGGCGUCUACUUUCUCUUCGGAAGAGGACAUUCAGAAGAAGAUACAUGACAAAGUGGCAGACUCUCGAGAUCGCUUUCACGACAAGGAAGAGCAAAGCGUAGCCAUGGAACCGAAUUUCAUGGCUGACUUCAUCAGAAAGGAGCUUGACUUUCUUGCCGAACUUAAGCACCUAGAGCAUGAGAUCAGGGAAGCCCAGCUUCAAGAAGAAAGCGAACGCCAUGUCAGCCCUCUUGAUACAGUGAAGGAACUGAUCUCCAGCUUGCGAAAGGAGCAGGAAGAACAGUACAUGGAACUUUUGCGAAAGAUUGAUGGCCAGAACGAGAGCAUAAAGGAGCUGUUCGAAAGAUUUGAGUCUCUAUCUGCCGCUGCGAUGAAGAGACUUAUUAUGACAGUUGCCCGAGAUACGCCAGUGUUGAGAGAAGAUUCCCGCGUGUCCGAUGUAAGUACUGCUUGGAUAGCCGUCACUAUAAGCAGUUUUGUCCUAACAAGAGAAUCUCGUGCAUGUACUGUGGAUCCAACCUCCACAACAAAGCCUGUGCAACCUACCGGAAAAAUCGGUGAUGCUUGCAGAGAGUUGGAAGAGAUCCAGCAGGAGCUUGAAACAAAUGAAGGCUAUUACGGGCCCGCCUCCUCAACAUCUCAGCCCUGA